ACAGAAAAGCAUAGAAGUAACUGGGAAAACUGUAGUGAAGGAGCAGUAAGAUCCGGCUGUAAUCGCAAUUUCUGAAUUCCGAUAGCAGCAAAUUGCGUUUCCUCAGAAACUGAAACGAACUUCUGAUCCGUUUCGACACAACUCCAAACCCGAAUGCUUGCGCGAUUUGAUCAUUACGAAUAAAAUUCAAGCUCAAUUCAACGCUCGCUCGCAUGCAUGUUCGGAGUGUUUGAUUUGAAUUCUCAGGAAUUAACGUCGUUUGUUACCUUCCGCCGCUGAAUCGGAAAAGGGAGAAAGAAAGAAAUGGCUGUGGUCGAUGUUAUCAAAUCUUGCCUCGACUCCAUUAGACAGAUAUCAGAGGAUAUUGAAGGUUCUAUUGUGUAUUUAGAUGCUGGAUCUACAGAGAGCUUCCAAUUUAUUGGGGCAUAUCCUGUACUUCUAGAUCUUGGAGCACGAGCUAUUUGCAGUUUGGAAAACAUGUCUGCACUUGAUGCGGUGGUUGAUUGGAAUUCAUACUCUGAUCAUGCAAGGAAACUUGUGGUUAUCACAUCCCGUCUACUAAGUGAUGCACAUCGAUAUAUUUUACGUUGCCUGAGCUCACAUCAAGCUGUUCAUCGUUGCAUUAUAUUUACAUCUAUCUCAGAGAUGGCUCACGCAGCAUUUCCUGAUUCGCCACUGGGACCAGAUGCAUAUAAUGAAUAUGAAUCCUUGCUGGUUCAAGAUUAUGAAGAACUCAUUAAGAAACCGGGGAAAAAUCUAGGGCAGAUUGGUAGUCUCUUACAGGCAAGAUUUAACCUUGAAGAUGGAGGAGGUUUGCAGUUUCCUCCCAGUCAAGAGAAUGUUUCUCAUCUUGAAGCUAGUUCGAGUGGAAGGGAUUUUUACGAACAAAAUCCAUUAGACUACAUUGAAGAUGCUGGGCAGAAAUUAGUUGUUUCAGUUCAUCAUUUUCCCAUGAUUUUAUGUCCCAUUUCACCAAGAGCAUUUGUUCUACCUUCUGAAGGAUUAGUGGCUGAAACAUUCUUAUCAGCUGAACAUGAAGAUUCCAUCGGUCCUGGUUUGCCUCCCUUGAGUACUGGCUUGCUAUCUGAUGCUGAUGAUGUGCCUCCAGGUGCAACUCUUACAGCACACUUUCUCUAUCAUUUGGCAGCCAAGAUGGACUUGAAGAUGGAAAUUUUCUCCAUUGGUGAUAUGUCGAAAACUGUUGGAAAAUUUCUGACAGACAUGUCAAGUCUUUAUGACGUUGGCCGUCGUAAGCGAUCAGCGGGGUUGUUACUCAUUGAUCGCACACUCGAUCUUCUCACUCCUUGCUGUCAUGGAGACUCACUUGUUGACCGUAUCUUUUCUUCUUUGCCCCGUAGAAAUAGAACAACUACCCAUGCCCAAGGUAAAGGUUCAGGAAACCAGUUAAAACCUGGCUCUUCCCAUCUGCAACGUGCUCCUUUAGAUGUUCAGAUACCACUUGCAAAGAUCCUUAAUGAAGAAAAUUGGAAAAUAGACAAUUUUCGGCUUUUAGAAAGUAUUGAAGCUUUUAUGUGUGGGUGGAAUUCUGGUAACUCUGAUUCGCAGAUUGCAGGUUUGAUUAAUCUUAGUCAGAAGAUUCAUGACAAGCCUAGUCCCUCUGAUGUAGAGAUACUUACGGGGUCUUUUGUCUCCUCUGAAUGUUUUCGUGGAAUACCAUUCCUGGAAGCCAUAAUAGAUAGAAGAACAAAAGAUGGGGCCUUAUUGGUAAAGAAAUGGCUACAAGAAACUUUGCGCAAGGAAAAUGUCACUGUGAAUGUGAAAUCUCGUCCUGGUCUUGUUACCAAGCCAGAAUUGCAAGCUAUGAUCAAAGCAUUAUCCAGCAGACAAUCAUCUUUGCUAAGGAACAAAGGAAUUAUUCAAUUAGCUUCAGCCACAUUAUUUGCUCUUGAGGAAUCAAAUACUGCGAAAUGGGAUGCAUUUAGCAGUGCCGUGAAAAUUCUGAGUGUAAGUUCAGGAGAAACCAGUCAAAGUCUCGCCGCUCAAAUUUGUGAUCUCAUCAAUAAGAGUGCUCUGUUGGGAUCACAGGUAAAUAAAGGGAAAGGGGAGAUCUCAAAGGGGUUGAUUUCUUUGCAAGAUGCUUUGCUGUUAAUGAUCAUUGGAUAUAUUUUGGCUGGUGAGAAUUUUCCAACAUCUGGUUCCGAUGGGCCGUUUUCUUGGCAAGAGGAACAUUUGUUAAAAGAAGCUGUUGUAGAUGCCAUUCUUGAAAAUCCAUCUGCAGUAAACCUCAAGUUUCUAGAUGGGCUGAGGGAAGAGCUUGAAACUAAUGCAAGGAAGUCAAAAUCAGAGGAAUCUACUGAAGCCCCGUCAAAACUGGACAUUGAUGAUUUUGAUGAUGACCAGUGGGGAAAAUGGGGUGAUGAAGAUGGGGAUGAUGACAACAAAAAUGAACAAGUUUUUGGUGAUAUGCAACUUAAGUUGGAGUUGCGGGAUCGGGUGGAUAACUUUUUCAAAUUUCUUCACAAGUUAUCUGAUCUAAAAAGAAGAAAUCUACCGCUGAGGGAUGGAUCAUUGUCUGUGGAAAGCAAUUUUGACGAAGAUACCUAUGUGGGAAAAGGGUUAGUUUAUAAGCUACUAACAAGGGUAUUGGGCAAAUAUGAUGUGCCUGGGUUAGAAUAUCAUUCUUCCACCGUGGGGCGCUUGUUUAAGAGUGGAUUUGGGAGAUUUGGCCUUGGUCAGGCUAAACCAAGUCUUGCCGAUCAAAAUGUCAUUUUGGUGUUUGUCAUUGGGGGUAUUAAUGGACUUGAGGUGCGUGAAGCUCAGGAGGCGUUGGCUGAAAGUGGAAGACCUGACAUAGAGUUGCUUGUUGGUGGAACAACUCUCCUUACUCCUGGUGACAUGCUCGAUUUACUGCUAGGGGACUUGAGUUACUUUUAAUUCCUUCAUCCAUAAAAAAAUUAGGAGAAAGGAAUUAAAUUGAAUUUCGUUUUUUUUUUUAUAAAUCCUGUAUGUUGUAAUUCUUAACUGUUAUAUAAGCUGUUUAAAUUUUCUUUUUCUUUA